AUGAAGAAACCGAUUCUGGCCAACCUUAAAGUGUUUGGAUGCCACGCGUAUGUUCAAGUGCCUCAAGACAAACGCGCGAAGUUCGACUCCAAGUCAUCACUCUGUCGUUUCCUGGGAUACGCCGAACACCAGAAGUCAUAUCGAUUUGAGGAAGUGUCAACAGGAGCGAUCAAGAUCAGUCGCGAUGCCACAUUCAUGGAAGACAAGUUUGAUGAAGGUCCGCGCAACUACAACGAUGAGUCAAGUGUCGUUGAGUUUGAUGAUCAUGAUGAGGACGAAGAAAAAGAAGAAGGUAAAACUGACGACGACAUGGACUCGAGCGACGAUGACAACGAAGACACCAGGUCUUCGAAGAGCAACAUCAAGAGACACACGCGCACUCAAUCACUUGAGAAAGCUACCGUCAUUCCAAGUCCCAAGCGAAGAACAUACAGAGGUCCGUCGCUUGAGCAUGUGUCAGCGGCUGCAAUGGAUUUUGAAGCAGCCUACAUCGUUGAUUCAGUGGGGGAAACGCCGACUACAUUCAAGUCGGCGAUGGAAUCAAGCGACUCCGGCAAGUGGAAAGAAGCGUGUGACUCGGAGUUCGAUUCGCUUCAGAGAAACGACACGUGGGAAAUCGUGCCUCUUCCGAAAGGUCGCAAGGCCAUCGGGUGCCGAUGGGUUUUUCGUGUAAAGGAGAAUCAAGAUGGCGAAGUUGAACGUUUCAAGGCAAGACUUGUGGCCAAAGGAUUCUCACAGAAAUUCGGAGUUGACUAUGAAGAAACUUUCGCACCGGUGGCCAAGUUCACAUCGAUUCGUGUGGUGCUCAGUAUGGCGGCUAAGUACGGCCUAAUGCUACAUCAGAUGGACGUCAAGACAGCGUUUCUUAACGGCUCCCUCAACGAAGACAUCUACAUGGACCAGCCGGACGGAUACCUGGAUGCAACACAGCCGGACUAUGUGUGCAAGCUAAAGAGAUCACUCUACGGCUUGAAGCAAUCGCCUCGCAUGUGGAACCAAACAAUCGAUGGGUUCAUGAUCAAGAUGGGAUUCAAGAAGUGCGAAUCGGACCACUGCAUCUACAUCAAGCGAGACGACCAAGACAUGAUUCUCGUGGUGCUCUACGUCGAUGAUCUCAUCCUGGCCAGCAGCAACAACGAACUCCUCAAGUCAACCAAGAUGGCGCUGAGCAAACGCUUCGAAAUGACGGAUCUUGGUGAGCUCGAUUACUUUCUCGGCAUGGAGAUCAAGAACGACCGUAAGACGGGAAUGGUGACCGUACAACAAACCAAGUUUCUCAAGUCCGUGUUAACCAAGUUCGGAAUGGAUAACAGCAAGCCAGUGAAGACGCCUCAAGAUCCCGGCCUGAAGCUAACCAAGAACAUGUGUGAACAAGAAUGCAAGCACGAAGACACCAUGUGCAACGUGCCAUAUCGAAGUGCUGUCGGAGGCAUCAUGUAUCUCAUGGUCGCCACACGUCCGGAUCUAGCUGCUGCAGUGGGAUCAUUAUCCCAGUUCUCGUCCGACCCAUGCCCGACUCACUGGCAAGCUUUGAAGCGUGUGCUGAGAUACCUGCAAGCAACGCCCAAUCAUGGUCUUGAGUUUACACGUGAAGAAGGAAGCCGUAUCUGCGGGUACACCGACGCAGACUGGGCCGGCGACAUUGAGUCAAGACGAAGUACAAGCGGCUAUGUGUUCAUGAUGAGCGGAGGAUGCAUCAGCUGGAAAAGCCAGAAACAACGGACGGUCGCGCUAUCUUCAACAGAAGCAGAAUACAUGGCGCUUUCCGAAGCAACCAAAGAAGUAGUAUGGCUCAAAGUGCUUUUGGGGGAACUUGGUGAGAUGACAAGCGACGAAGCGAUCAAGAUGUAUGAAGACAACCAAGGAUCAAUCGCUCUCGCCAAGAACCCGGAGUUCCAUAAGAGAACAAAACACAUCGACAUACGCUACCAUUUUGUGCGUGAGAAGGUGGAAUCAGGUGAAGUCGUUUUGGAGUAUUGCCCGACUCAAGAUAUGCUGGCAGACAUGAUGACCAAGCCGAUCGCCGCUGUACAAUUUGAAAACAUUCGCGAUCGACUUGGGAUCCAAGGUGCCGCAGCUAACGAGUCGAGAGGGAGUGUUGAAAAGACAGCGGCUGUGAAGAAGACACCUCGUCAAGCUGCGUCAAGUGUUGAAGCAAGUGGAAGACCAAGCUUCGCUAUACCGGUGGGUACCGGUAUGUACCAGUAA